AAAUGCAGCUCUCUCUGCAGAUUCUUGAAUAAACCCAGUUCAGAUCAUCGUCUUCCCCGCCGAUUCUUCCACUCAUCCCUCUCACUGAUUCUUAUAAAUGGACACAACAGUGAAGAAACAGUCAAGCUAGCUAGCUAGCCUGCCAGCCAUGGCCAUGACUUCAGCUUUCCGCUGCCCCACACUUCUUUCCCUAAUUAUCUUCUUUUUUCUCAUUUUCUUCGUUCUAACCUUCUCCUCCCUGCUUGGUCAAAAGUAUGUCAUUAUUCCCUUUGUUUCCUCGUACAAUACUACUUCUACUGCUUCACCUUUCAAUCUAACAAAGAGCAACUACACAGCCCUACCUCAAGUUUCAUAUUUUGAUGAGCCUACUACUACACCUUUCAAUCUAACAAAGAGCAACCACACAGCUCUACCUCAAGUUUCAUAUUUUGAUGAGCUUCUCACAAGCUCCAUGUAUCAAAGGAGACACAAGGCUAAUCUUACCAAAGGUAAGACUAGUUUGGAUAGAAUUGAAGAAGACUUGGCCAAAGCACGAGCAGCAAUUCUUGAAGCAAUUCAGUAUAAAAAGUAUACAUCACAGAAAAUUGAGACUUUUAUCCCAAGAGGAACCAUUUACAAAAAUCCCUACGCUUUUCACCAGAGUCACAUAGAGAUGGUGAAGAGGUUCAAAGUGUGGAGCUACAAGGAAGGAGAGCAUCCAUUAAUACAUUUUGGUCCACUGAAUGACAUAUAUGGAAUUGAGGGACAAUUCAUUGAUGAAAUAGAGAGGGAGGAAAGCCCAUUCAGAGCUACACAUCCCGAUAAGGCACACACAUUUUUCCUUCCCCUGAGUGUUGCCAACGUUGUUCGCUUUGUCUACAUGCCUAUCACUCGGAGACAAGACUACCAUCGCGACCGCCUGCAACGGGUUGUCACCGACUACAUUGGCGUCGUGGCUGGUAAAUAUCCCUACUGGAACAGAAGCAAUGGUGCUGACCAUUUUAUGGCUUCAUGUCAUGAUUGGGCACCGGAGGUUUCAGUUGGAAAUCAAGAGCUUUUCAAGAACUUUAUUAGGGUUCUUUGCAAUGCCAACACCUCAGAAGGAUUUAAACCUAAAAGAGAUGUCUCACUACCUGAAAUCUACUUAUACAAAGGAAAUUUGGGCUCCUCCAAUUUGUGUCAGGCCUCAAAGAGCCGCCCAAUUCUAGCAUUCUUUGCCGGACGGGUCCACGGACCUGUCCGGCCCAUUUUGCUGGAUCAUUGGAAGGACAAAGAUGAUGAAGUUCAAGUCUAUGAGAAGCUUCCCAAGGGCCUAAACUACACCAAAUUUAUGGUGCAGAGCAAGUUUUGCUUGUGCCCUAGUGGAUUUGAAGUUGCAAGCCCAAGAAUUGUGGAGGCAAUAUAUGCAGGAUGUGUGCCUGUCUUAAUUUCUGACAGUUACACAUUGCCCUUCAGUGAUGUGCUUGAUUGGAGCAAAUUUUCAGUGCAAAUUCCAGUUGCUAAGAUACCGGAAAUUAAGACCAUCUUACAAGCAAUUCCAUUCGACAAAUAUCUGAAAAUGCAGAAAAGGGUGUGUAGGGUUCGUCCACAUUUUGUGAUAAAUAGGCCGGCUAAACCGUUUGAUGUGAUUCACAUGAUCCUUCACUCGGUGUGGCUAAGACGACUUGACUUUAAGCUCGAGGCUUAAUUGUAUGUAUCAAUAUAAUUUUUUCCCCUUUGCUCGUUUGAUGUAAAACUGAGGCCAACAAUGAAAAUUGGGCCAAUUGGUGACCUGGAAUUUCAUAAUUAAUAAAAAACGUCACCUUGUUUUGGAUA